ACAGGUGUGUCCGCGGUAGGUUGGUCAGUAUAGGUAAGUUCGUUCAGGUGAAGAAAUGUGCGUCCUGGUGGAAACACCAUUUGUGUUCCCCCGCGGCGCCGCUACUUGAGCUCAUGUGAACCAGCCUCAGCUCGGGCAUGGCGCACAAGUUCGUGGGCAAAUGCGUGCCGCUGUUCGUUCUCGCCGUGGUGUUCGACGUGCUGGGUCUGAUCGUGCUCCUGGUCGGCGUGUUCGGGAACCUCAACCUGGACGGAUUGUUUUACGGGGAUUUCCUCAUCUACACCGGCUCCCUCAUUAUCUUCGUCAGUCUGUUUUUGUGGAUCAUGUGGUACACUGGCAACGUUUCGGUGUACCCCUCCGUCGACCGGGGCUCCCUGGAUGUGGAACUGAUGCACUGGGCCAGGAAGGUGUCUCAGAAGCUCACGUUGGAAUCGGCCGAGACGAAGAAGAAGAAGAAGAUGAAGAACGGGGAGUCUGGGGUGAAGGGGACGGCACCGCCGGGGGUGCUCAACACGGUGACCCGGAUCUCCUGGGACAACAGCACGCUGUCCCAGGGCCAGCACAACAAAGGGUUCGAGGCGUAUCCUGAGCACAUGCCCUCCGAGAAAACGCUGGAGAUGGGCAUCUUCCAAAGCCCUGACGUGUCUUCACAUACGGCUGUUGGUGGGGAUGCCUUCGGGUUCGUCUGAACAGAUGGGGCUGGUCUGGACCUGAGGGACAAGGACAGACCCCAUGUGGCUAUCCCCACACAUCCGGUAUUCCAGAUGGAAAACCUUUUACCCAUGACACUUUAUCACACGACUUGUAUUUCAUUCAGGGAGCAGCCCUUCGCUAAUUGUAAACCACUGGGCUGUGCACAGAGGGGGGGGAAAUGAAAGCUCAUUCUAUUUUUUGUGUAAUGUAUGUACAUAGUCAAUUUCUAUAUUUUUCAUACACUGACUCUUUUGCUUUGAAUAAAAGCUUUCUUAUAAAAAUUGAAAAGGAUACUUUUAGGGUAGGCAGUGACUAAUAUUGUCUGCCUCCUUUUUUUGCGUAAUGUUUGUAAAUAGUAAAUUUCUAUAUUUUUUUUAUGCACUUAUUGCUUUGAAUAAAAGCUUUCAUA